CUCCCCAAAGGCGUUGCGCUUUCAUUGCUUCCGCAGCUUCCAAGUCCCAGCAACAAAACCUCGAAACCCCCGGAGCUAUUUCACGUUCGCCAUGUCUGCUCCUUCGUUAGCCCCAUACAUCCUGAAGAGGCCAUGGUUGAAGAGAUGGAUGAUGCCGCUGGCCAACUGGUACGCCGACGCAGCCGGAUACAGAAGAUUAGGUCUUCGCGCCGACGACUUGAUCCCUGAAGAGAACGACACUGUGCAGCUCGCCCUCAAGAGACUGCCGCCCAAGGAAGCAUAUGACCGAGUUUUCCGACUUCGAAGAGCUUUCCAAUGCUCUUUGGCCCAUCAACUACUACCUGCCGCCGAACAGACAAAGCCAGAAGAAGACCGACCUUAUUUGAGUCCCAUCAUCGAAGAAAUCGAAGCCGAGUUGAAGGAGCGUGCGGAUCUGGAAUCCAUGAAAGUCGAGCGGAAAAACUGAAGAAAUAUGAGACACCAAACAAGUGCCAUUGAACUUGAUGCGGUCGCUUGUGCUUUGACAGAUCGGUAUCACAGACACCGAAAGGGUGCUCUCAAAGUUUUGGUGCCAAAAGAUUGGUCUUGAAGUCCAGGCGGUGGGCAAAUCCGAAGUAACUUUUUUGUACAUGUACAUACAAAGUGCCUGGUGUCUUUUUUCCCUUAGCUAGGUAUGAAAAGGACGGUUCCGGGCGCCUCUUUACGAGUUGUUAAUCUACAUGGUACUCAUAACCUCGACGUCCACGUCCUCGACGCGCCACAUGUACCACAUGAAGAGACUGCGAUAGGG